CCCUCGUCGUUCUGGACGGCGUACUCCGUCGUCGCCCUCGGCGCUUUCUGCGCCGUCCAGAUCGCCGUGGCCAUGAAGUACGCCGUGCCCUUACUCAUGGCGGCGCCAGCCGAGGAGACGUACAUCAACCUGGUGUUCACCGCGGGACUCGUAGCCAAGACCGUUGCCGCAGCUAUAGAACGGAUGGUGGUUGUUCGGUGCCGUUUGGAGCGAACGGCUUUGGUGCAAGGAAUUGUUCGCUAUACGACUUCAUGCCCGCCAAAGUCUCGGGCGUGGCGAGGCAUGGUCCUGGUGCUGAUGGCAUUCGUUUUCUGGAGUCUGUUCAUUCCGGGUGUCAUCCUUUACCUCAGACUUGUGGAAGGAAUGCCAUUCGAACGGCACAUCGUGUUCCUGGCCAACACGCUGGUCCCCACGGUGUGCAUGUCGCUGUCGGACUGCGCCUUCGCGGCCGUGCUGGCGGCGUGCGUGUUCCUGGCGGAGGACGUGGCCGAGGACGCCGAGAGGGAGAUGGCCGGCCUGUCCGGCGCCACCACACUGGCGGACCUCGACAAGGCGCGGGCCGUGCGCGCCCUGCGCACGCGGCAGCAGCGCCUGCACGACGUGGUGCUGGCCUGCAACCAGGCGCACGGCGCCUCCAACCUCUGCUGGCUGUCGCUCGUCGUGCUCGAGAGCUGCGUCUUCCUGUUCUUCGGCAUGGCGUACAUCCGGGACAAGCUCAGCGGGCACAAGGGCAGGGACGGCAGCGGUGGCGCCAUCGGCCUACUGUGGGGCUGCGCCCUCAUAAUCAGGUUCAUCGCCAACUGCAUCCUCGGCCAGCGGCUGUGCCAUAACCAUGGGAGGAUUUCGGAGGUGCUCCAAGGUUUGCUUGCUGUCAACCCAUGCAUUUCUAAUGACACUAUCAAAGAAGUUCGAGGUUUCUUUCAUCAGGUUCUCGUUCAGGACAAUCGCUGUGGAGUAUUUGACCUACUGUACUUCGAUUUAAAGACCAUGACCGCGGUGAUUGGCUCCUUCACGACGUUCCUGGUCAUCUUGUUCCAGUUCGAGAGUGACGUCAGCACGCCGCAGGCUAAGGCAACCCGCCAUCUUGUAACUGACUACACUCAGUUCCUGGCCCUUUGGAGACCGAAUAGAACCUUUUGGCUGGAGGAAAUAAGCUUGAGAUAGAGCGGGGAAGAACCGAACACCUCAGGGUUGGGAAAAAAAUAGCAUGGCCCAUCUUCACUUUAUUUUGAAUCAUCCUGAUACUGUAGGCAAUCGUGCUGGGUACCAAUAUAUACACUUUUAUUCCAUGAACGUGACGUCACGAUGUGCAUAUCCAUUAGAAUGUGAAGGUGUGUCUUCAGUACCGUCAACGGGGGUAACUUGGGACACUUUUUCACGUUUUUUGAACGCCAGAGGCAAGACUCUCAACCCAGACCAU